UGCCCUAUCCCGAAAGUGAAAAUGCUACGUGAGGUUGCUCCUGAAGAGUUGGAUUUUAGUGGAAAAUCUGGUAAUCUGCGACAUGCUUUCGAUGAGGAGCUAGUAUACCUAACCACUUCCAAGCUUAUGUUUUCCCGCGUUAAGGAAGACGUUCGGGAGUGUGCCGUCAUGGCGUUCGUUCCACCGCGGUGCUUCAUUUUUUGUGAUGGAAAGGGUAACGAGAAUGAUGAAAGGCUCCUCUCUAUAAGCGAAGGUCUAGAGAAUGCGAUAAUAAAUGGGUCUUCAGCUGUGUCUUCAAGCAUAAGACCCGGCGAAGCUCUGGUCGGUGCCCGUGAUGGUGUGUACAUGCGUGUUGCUGUGCUGCAUGGUGAUGUAUGUUACUUUCUUUGCUGCUCUUGA